UCUGCGAGCUCUGCGCUUGAGAGUUCGGUAAGAAGCGCGUGCCCGCGGCGCGCACCCGGAGGCCCCGCGUGCGGGCUCUGGAGCUUCAGGCUCCUGGACGUCGUCGGUCCGUUCGUCAGGGCAGUAAGCGCUGGCUGGCGCCGCCCGCGGAGGAAUUCUUUGGAGAUCACGCCUUGCCUGCUUGAGGAGGAAGCUCGGUGGCGUGUCGCCUGAGUUGUCGCAACCCGAUAACGCCUCCACCCAGGUCGAGCGGUUCUGUCGGUGCCUCAGCUCCUCAGGAGGGAUGAAGAAAACCCUGCAGGAUGAGAUUGAAGCCAUUCUUAGGAAGAGGAUUAUGGUGCUCGAUGGUGGAAUGGGGACCAUGAUCCAGCGGUACAAACUAAGUGAAGAAAGUUUCCGAGGUCAAGAGUUCAAAGAUCACCCCAGGCCACUGAAAGGCAACAAUGACAUCUUAAGUAUGACCCAACCUCAUGUUAUUGGCCAAAUUCAUAAGGAAUACUUGCUGGCUGGAGCAGAUAUCAUUGAAACAAACACUUUCAGCAGCACUAGUAUUGCCCAAGCAGACUAUGGCCUUGAACACUUGGCCUACCGGAUGAACAAGUGCUCUGCAGAUGUGGCCAGAAGAGCCGCUGAGGAGAUAACUCUGCAGACAGGAAUCAAGAGGUUUGUGGCUGGUGCUCUGGGUCCCACUAAUAAGACACUUUCUGUCUCCCCAUCGGUGGAAAGGCCAGAUUACAGGAACAUCACAUUUGAUGAGCUUGUUGAAGCAUACGAGGAACAGGCCAAAGGACUGCUGGAUGGUGGCGUUGAUAUCUUACUCAUUGAAACUAUUUUUGAUACAGCCAAUGCCAAAGCGGCCUUGUUUGCACUCCAGAAACUCUUUGAAGAGAAUUAUGCUCCUCCCCGGCCUAUCUUUAUUUCUGGGACCAUUGUUGAUAAAAGUGGACGGACUCUUUCUGGCCAGACAGGAGAGGCAUUUGUCAUCAGCGUGUCUCAUUCAGACCCACUGUGCAUUGGAUUAAAUUGUGCUCUGGGUGCCGCUGAAAUGAGGCCUUUCAUUGAAACAAUUGGGAAGUGUACAACAGCCUAUGUCCUCUGUUACCCAAAUGCAGGUCUUCCCAAUACUUUUGGUGACUAUGAUGAAACACCAUCCAUGAUGGCCAAUCACCUAAAGGACUUUGCCAUGGAUGGCUUGGUGAAUAUAGUUGGUGGCUGCUGUGGUUCGACACCCGAUCAUAUCAGGGAAAUUGCUGAAGCUGUGAAGAAGUGUAAGCCUAGAGUUCCACCUGCUAGUGUUUUUGAAGGACAUAUGUUACUAUCUGGUCUAGAGCCCUUCAGGAUUGGACCAUACACCAACUUUGUUAACAUUGGAGAGCGCUGUAAUGUGGCAGGAUCUAAGAAGUUUGCUAAACUCAUCAUGGCAGGAAACUAUGACGAAGCCCUGAGCAUUGCCAAAGUACAGGUGGAAAUGGGUGCUCAGGUGCUAGAUAUCAACAUGGACGAUGGCAUGCUGGAUGGUCCCAGUGCAAUGACCAGAUUUUGCAAUUUUAUCGCCUCUGAACCUGACAUCGCCAAGGUGCCACUGUGCAUCGACUCUUCCAAUUUUGCUGUGAUUGAAGCUGGCUUGAAGUGCUGCCAAGGGAAGUGUAUAGUCAAUAGCAUCAGUCUGAAGGAGGGGGAGGAGGACUUCCUGGAGAAGGCUCGGAAGAUUAAGAAGUUUGGAGCUGCUGUGGUCGUUAUGGCUUUUGAUGAGGAAGGACAGGCAACAGAAACAGAUGUUAAAAUCAGUGUGUGUACCCGAGCCUACCAUCUACUUGUGGAAAAACUGGGCUUCAAUCCAAAUGACAUCAUCUUUGACCCCAACAUUCUUACCAUUGGUACUGGAAUGGAAGAACAUAACUUGUAUGCUAUCAAUUUUAUUCAUGCAACAAGAGUCAUUAAAGAAACAUUACCAGGAGUCAGAAUAAGUGGAGGUCUUUCUAACUUGUCCUUCUCCUUCCGAGGGAUGGAAGCCAUUCGAGAAGCAAUGCAUGGUGUUUUCCUUUACCAUGCCAUCAAGUUUGGUAUGGACAUGGGCAUAGUCAAUGCUGGCAACCUUCCUGUGUAUGAUGAUAUCCAAAAGGACCUUCUUCAGCUCUGUGAAGACCUCAUCUGGAACAGAGACUCUGAGGCUACGGAGAAACUCUUACGAUACGCCCAGACUCAUGGCAAAGGAGGGAAGAAAGUCAUCCAGACAGAUGAGUGGAGGCAUGCCUCCAUUGAAGAGCGUCUUGAGUAUGCUCUUGUGAAGGGCAUUGAAAAGUACAUUGUUGAAGAUACUGAAGAAGCCAGGUUAAACCAGGAAAAAUACCCCCGACCUCUGAAUAUAAUUGAAGGGCCUCUAAUGAAUGGAAUGAAAGUAGUUGGCGAUCUUUUUGGAGCUGGAAAAAUGUUUCUACCUCAGGUUAUAAAGUCAGCCCGUGUCAUGAAGAAGGCUGUUGGACACCUUAUCCCUUUCAUGGAAAAAGAAAGAGAAGAAGCCAGAGUACUUAAUGGUUCAGUUGAAGAAGAGGAUCCUUACCAAGGCACCAUUGUGCUGGCCACUGUUAAAGGUGAUGUGCAUGACAUAGGCAAGAACAUAGUUGGUGUGGUGCUGGGCUGCAAUAAUUUCCGAGUUAUUGAUUUAGGAGUCAUGACUCCCUGUGAUAAGAUACUUCAAGCUGCUCUUGACCACAAAGCAGAUAUAAUUGGCUUGUCAGGACUUAUCACUCCAUCCCUGGAUGAAAUGAUUUUUGUUGCCAAGGAAAUGGAGAGGUUGGCUAUAAAGAUUCCAUUGUUGAUAGGAGGAGCAACCACUUCAAGAACCCACACAGCAGUUAAAAUAGCACCACGAUACAGUGCACCUGUAAUCCAUGUCCUAGAUGCAUCCAAGAGUGUGGUGGUGUGUUCUCAGCUGUUAGAUGAAAAUCUGAAAGAUGACUAUGUUGAAGAAAUACUGGAAGAAUAUGAAGAUAUUAGACAGGACCACUAUGAGUCUCUCAAGGAGAGAAAAUAUUUACCCCUAAGUCAAGCCAGAAAAAAUGGUUUCCACAUUGAUUGGCUGUCUGAACCUCACCCAGUGAAGCCCACAUUUAUUGGGAGUCGGGUCUUUGAAGACUACAACCUGCAGAAGCUGGUGGACUACAUUGACUGGAAGCCUUUCUUCGAUGUCUGGCAGCUCCGGGGCAAAUACCCCAAUCGAGGCUUUCCCAAGAUAUUUAACGACAAAGCCGUGGGUAAAGAAGCCAGAAAGGUGUAUGAUGAUGCUCAGAAUAUGCUGAACAUACUGAUAAGUCAAAAGAAACUCCAGGCCAGGGGUGUGGUUGGAUUCUGGCCAGCACAGAGUGUCCAAGAUGACAUCCACUUGUAUGCAGAAGGUGUGGUGCCCCAGGCUUCAGAACCCAUAGCCACCUUCUAUGGGCUGAGGCAGCAGGCUGAGAAGGACUCUUCCAAUAUAGACCCCUACCACUGCCUCUCAGACUUCAUUGCUCCUCUGCAUUCUGGUGUCCGAGACUACUUGGGUCUGUUUGCUGUUGCCUGCUUUGGGGUUGAAGAGCUGAGUAAAGCCUACGAGGAUGAUGGCGAUGACUACAGCAGCAUCAUGGUGAAGGCACUGGGGGACCGGCUGGCAGAGGCCUUUGCCGAGGAGCUGCAUGAGAGAGUUCGCCGAGAACUGUGGGCUUACUGUAGUAGUGAGCAGUUGGGUGUCACAGACUUGCGCAAACUCCGAUAUGAGGGCAUCCGACCAGCUCCUGGUUACCCCAGCCAGCCUGACCAUACUGAGAAGCUCACCAUGUGGAGACUGGCCAACAUUGAGCAGGCCACAGGCAUCAGGUUGACAGAAUCCUUGGCAAUGGCACCUGCUUCAGCAGUAUCAGGUCUCUACUUCUCCAAUGUAAAGUCCAAAUAUUUUGCUGUGGGGAAAGUUUCCAAGGAUCAGAUUGAGGAUUAUGCUUUGAGGAAGAACAUGCCUGUGGCUGAGGUGGAGAAAUGGCUUGGCCCCAUUCUGGGAUAUGAUACAGACUGACUUCUUUCUCUCUCA